GAAAGCAUGAGUCCUGAAUGGUCUGGGGGAAGGAUUAUAGUGUCUCUGAUCCAUUACCCACAGUAGAUGGCGGUAAUGCUCUUUUAAGAAUGCGAGCCGCCAAUAAGCUCAAAGAAGAAGAAGAAGCUCGAAGAAGAAGAAGAAGAAAAGUUUUUUUUGCAACAUCGAGUAGAAUUGAAAGCACCAAAUAAAAUAUUUUUUAUUCUACGACAUAAAACACAUCUUUACCCCACGUUUUUGGCGAGGAUACCACUGUUCCGAUAACUUCCAGGGACACCUACAAAAUGCGUCAUCUCCGCGAAGCUGUUUAAACGCAGCCGCGGUCACGGCACAAAAAAAGAAAAUAAGAGGAUUAUCAUUAAAAGAGAGCACGGAGCGUCGAAUCCCCUGAGUCUGAAUAAAAUUCAAGAAAUUUCCUGCUGCCCAUAAAAUACAAAAUAUUCUUUUCACCAUCACCCAUAAGGCAAUGUUUUACAUUGUUGAGUUUCUUGCAACCCAAGAGGUUGAGGUGGUACCAGCAGUCUGGGUUCAAGAUGAUGAAUUGUGCCAAUGGCCAGCUCACUAUAAAUCUGAUGAAUUAAUUAAAUCGAUAAGAAGUGAGGAAAAGCCUGGACACACAUGGGAUGCAUACCACGUCAGAAUUUUAUACACAGCAGCAACUUACAAAACAGCUCGCCUAAAACUUCCUCAAGCAGAAAUGCACACAGACUUGCAAACUGCAGAGGAGGAAGAGGAGCAUGAAACUCCCAAGAAAAAACGGAAAAGGCUACCAAGCAGUCGCUUUGAGAGUGGGAGUGAUGAUGAAGCUACGGUGAAACAAGCCAAGACAUUGCCUCCAGCCCCAAAAAUAAAAGGCCCAAAUUUUGACAUACAAUCUUCAAUAAAGAGACCGCUCAGAAAGCCUGAAUCACACACAAAAAUGACAAGCCCAGAACCCAGAAUGUCGGUGAGAAGCCCUGAGCCCAGCUGCAGCCUGGCGAGUCCUGAGGUUGAGGAGUCUGAAACAAGCAUUGAGUGCAUACACUCAAAAAGUCCUGAACCCAGUUUCGUGAGAAGUUCUGAACCACAACAAGAAAACGAAGGUCAAAGACCAGUAACAUCUACCUUAAGUGGUCUUGUUACCCUUUUGCAUCGAGUUAUUACGAAUCAAGAAAUGAUGAUGGAUCAUCUCAAAUUUAUUCUAAUGACUAUGCAGAAAACAGGCGAACCUGCUCGUGGGCAGGAUCCCUUUGAGAGAGAAAUGCUGCCACUACAAGACACUACCUCCCUGCUUGCCCUGGAGAAACGAUUGCGAGAAGAGGAUGACCUCAAGAACAAAAUGAUUAUGGCGUUGAGCGUCAUUGGAGGACUUGACAUCAAGGAUACCGUGUGGCGAGUUAUGAAGCACUGUUUUACAAACUCCCUUGCCAAACAACUCAACUGGCGUGGUAUUAAUGGCAAAACAGCUUUUCAGAGAUUGGAGCUGAAAAAUGUAAUUACUGCCACUGUCAGAAAGAACAAACUUACGGCGAUGGCCACUGAUCAAGAGGUAGAGAUAUUUAUAAAAAAAUGGAUUCACCUUGCAAGUGACCGAGAUGGAGGGAGAAGAGAAAGAGAGAAACGAAAGAGUAUCCCAGAUACCCACCCGCAAGACUGCCGUGACUCUGCUGGGCCCAGCUAAGGAGACCAUUAAAGCCUGUGUUUGGAGGAUUCCUGUUCCCAA